UUAUGGUUUAAAAUAAGCCGCGAGGUUGGCAUGAGUAUCGCUUGUGUACACUUGAUUUGAGAUUGAAAAGCAGAAGUAAGGAACGGAACGAAACGAAACGAGAGAACUUCGUUUAAAAUGGCUUCCUUGGUUUUUGUCGACAAAGAAAAUGGAGAGUUUGCCACAACCCUGGCUCCUAAAAACCGCGUGAGAUUGUCAGCUCCAGUGAAACUUGGAGAGAAGGUGCUUCAGGUUCCAGGUAAGGUGUUGGGUAUGACCCACCCCCAGUCUGCGCGUAGGGCUUUGGGAACAGUCAAUCUGAUCAGCUCUACUAGACCUGGUGUUGCUGGGAACAAGGAGAAAUCCACAGCUGCAACAAACAUUGAAGUAAAGGCAGGUAUGCCUGUUAAAGGGAAAGCAGGCUGUCCAGAAAUUGAGAGAUUCAUCCCAUAUAAUCCAGCUGCGUUUGAGAGCUUUGAUGUUCCUGAAGAUCAAAGAUUAAGCCACCUGUGCUUGGCAGGAUUGGCAGCUCCCACACCAAAGGAAGAGCUGGACAGUUUUAGUGUGUUCCACACGUCUAUGAAAAUGUCACCAUUGAAGUUCCUGGAAGAUGAUUUUUGUGCUGAAGUGGACUCAUUCUUGCAGAUUGUCAGUGAACUAACUAUAGACCUGCCAUCACUGGACAUGGAUUACUGAAGUUUUGUUCGAUUUGCAUGUCAAUGGUUGGUGUGUGUGGUUAGACCCCCCACCCCGCCCCAGAAUGUUUGUAUUUAUAUAGAGCCUUUUGAAAUAAAGUAUAAUUUUUACAAAAGUCUGUUUCUUUUGGAGAGCUGGCCCUAAUCAAGGGAGAUCUUUAUGCUCCCAUAUUGAAAGGGAUUCAUGGUGGAAGUUUACUAUAUUUGUAACACAGAAGCCCUACAACGCUGUAAUGCUUGUUGCCUCUAAACCAGAUCACUGUACUGUUCUUCAG